AUGUGUGAGGGCUGCCACCGGCCAGAGGGCCGCAAGGCCUUGAGUGUUCCCAGCAGGGGGACAUCCUGGCUAGUGUGCGCGGGCCUGGUGUGUUUUGAUUGUGGUGCCAAGAAUCCCAGCUGGGCAAGUGUAACCUAUGGGGUGUUUCUCUGCAUCGACUGCUCAGGGUCACACCGGUCACUCGGCGUUCACUUGAGUUUUAUUCGAUCUACAGAGCUGGACUCUAACUGGUCUUGGUUUCAGCUGCGAUGCAUGCAGAUUGGAGGAAAUGCUAACGCAUCUUCUUUUUUCCAUCAACACGGCUGUGCCACCAACGACACCAAGGCCAAGUACAACAGUCGCGCUGCUCAGCUCUAUCGGGAGAGAAUCAGGUCGCUGGCCUCCCAGGCAACACGGAAGCACGGCACUGACCUCUGGCUGGAUAGCUGUGUGGUUCCACCUUUGACCCCUCCACCGAAAGAGGAAGAUUUUUUUGCCUCUCAUGCUUCUCCUGAGGUGAGCGGCACAGGAUGGGCAUCAGCACAACCAGAAGCAUCUUCUUUGUCACCAAGGAAUGUGGAAACCACUCCAGCUAAUAAUGAAGGUGGACCAGAACAAGGACCGAGCGUGGAAGGUCUUAAUGCACCAACGAAGGGGGCUUUAGAGGUGUCCUCUAUCAUAAAAAAGAAACCAAAUCAAGCUAAAAGAGGACUUGGGGCCAAAAAAGGAAGUUUGGGGGCCCAGAAAGUGGCGAAUACAUGCUUUAACGAAAUUGAAAAACAAGCCCAGGCUGUAGAUAAGAUGAAGGAACAGGAAGACCUUCUGGCCAGGGCGGCACCUAAGGAAGAAUCAAUCGUUUCAUCACUGCGAUUAGCCUAUAAGGAUCUUGAAAUUGAAAUGAAAAAGGACGAGAAGGUGAACAUGAGUGGCAAAAAAAAGAUAGAGUCAGAGAGACUUGGCAUGGGAUUUGGAAACUGCAGAAGUGGUAUUUCACAUUCCGUGACUUCAGAUAUGCAGACCAUUGAACAGGAAACACCAAUCAUAGCAAAACCCAGAAAGAAGUACAGCGAUGACAAUGAUGAUUCCUAUUUUACUUCCAGCUCAAGGUACUUGGACGAGCCGAUGGAGUUCAGGAGCAAUUCUUUUUCCAGCUGGGACGACAGUUCAGAUUCCUACUGGAAAAAAGAGACCAUCAAAGAUACUGACACUAUCCUGAAAACCACAGGCUAUUCAGACAGAUCUACCGCUCGCCGUAAGCCAGACUAUGAGCCAGUUGAAAAUACAAAUGAGGCCCAGAAGAAGUUUGGGAAUGUCAAAGCCAUUUCAUCAGAUAUGUACUUCGGAAGACAAGCCCAAGCUGAUUAUGAAACCAGGGCUCGGCUGGAGAGGCUCUCGGCAAGUUCUUCCAUUAGCUCAGCCGAUCUGUUUGAUGAGCAGAGGAAGCAGACAGCAGGAAGCUACAACCUCACAAGCGUGCUGCCCACGGCGCCCGACAUGGCCCAGUUUAAGCAGGGAGUGAGAUCCGUUGCUGGAAAGCUCUCAGUCUUUGCUAAUGGAGUCAUGACUUCCAUUCAGGAUCGCUACGGCUCCUAAUACCGCAGGCUGAUACCUGUUUCUGGGAGAACCUCCUGUCUCCGCGAACCAGUGACCACAUCACAGACUGCCGCUGAGACCAGCAGAUUUGUUUUGCUGCUUUGUCACAUGGUAUAUAUGCAUUACUGAUUUUUAGCAUUUCUUUGGAGAAAUUCUGAUUUUUGAUGUAGUAGAAGCUUUAUUGUAA